AUGUCGGGGGACAUGUCUGAUAGUAGUGAUGACUCCGAUGCACUACCAAAUGAAAAAGCAUGUACCGUCAAGCAUCAGAUCACCAAUGCUAACCUCACUGGACACACUGAGAAGGUCGGCAUGGAGAACUUUGAGCUCCUCAAAGUCUUGGGUACAGGAGCGUAUGGAAAAGUAUUUUUAGUGAGGAAGAAUAGUGGCCAUGAUGCAGGCCAACUAUAUGCGAUGAAGGUGCUAAAGAAAGCGGCAAUUGUUCAGAAGGCCAAGACCACAGAGCAUACGCGUACUGAGCGGCAGGUGCUGGAGAACAUCCGCCAAUCUCCCUUCUUGGUCACACUUCAUUAUGCCUUUCAGACGCAGAGCAAACUGCAUCUCAUCCUGGACUAUGUGAGUGGAGGGGAGAUGUUCACUCAUUUGUAUCAACAAGAUCACUUUUCCGAGGAGGCAGUGCGCAUUUAUAUCGGGGAAACAAUACUUGCUUUGGAGCAUCUGCACAAGCUUGGAAUUGUGUACCGUGACAUUAAAUUGGAAAAUAUUCUCCUGGAUAGUGAAGGUCAUGUUGUAUUGACUGAUUUUGGACUCAGCAAAGAAUUUCUGCAAGAAGACAAGGAACGAACCUACUCUUUUUGUGGUACCAUUGAGUACAUGGCGCCUGAAAUCAUCAGGGGUAAAACGGGUCACGGCAAGUCAGUGGACUGGUGGAGUCUUGGAAUCCUGAUGUUCGAGCUGCUGACAGGAGCAUCUCCAUUUACUUUGGAGGGAGAGAGAAACUCCCAAAGCGAGGUGUCGAAACGUAUUCUACGCUGUGAUCCACCGUUCCCCUCCAUGAUUGGAGCCACUGCUCAGGACUUGCUUAGGAAGCUGUUGGUGAAGGAUCCUCACAAGAGGCUCGGUUCGGGCCCACGGGGUGCAGCAGACAUCAAAAGCCAUGCCUUCUUCAAGGGAUUGAACUGGGAUGAUCUAGCCCAGAAAAAGAUUGCAAGCCCAUUCAAGCCUGAGCUAAAGAGUGAACUCGAUGUAGGUAACUUUGCUGAGGAGUUCACAGGGAUGGAUCCAGUCUAUUCUCCAGCAAGCACACCCCCGAGCACUGACCGCCUCUUCCAGGGCUACUCCUUUAUUGCGCCUUCUAUUCUCUUCAAUAAAAAUGCUGUCAUGGGAGAUUUUUUGGCGUCCGAGAUUCCCGCCGCUGACCGACCAGGUUCUGCCUCUGUCCAACGCAGUGCAAUGUUAGCGGAAUCACAGUUUUUUCUGAACUAUGAGCUGUGUCUUCAAGGGCCACCUUUAGGUGAGGGGAGCUUCUCUGUGUGCAGACAAUGUACACACAAGCAAAGUGGCCUUGAGUAUGCAGUCAAGAUAGUCAGCCGCAGAAUGGAGGUCAACACUCAGAGGGAGAUUGCCGCUUUGAGGCAAUGUGAGGCUCACCCAAACAUAGUCAAGCUUCAUGAUGUUUACACUGAUCAGUACCACACCUACUUAGUUAUGGAGCUUCUCCGUGGUGGCGAGCUGCUUGAAAGGAUCAAGAAGAAGAAACUAUUUGGCGAAGCAGAAGCCAGCCAGCUGCUGCAGAACCUGGUCUCAGCUGUCAGUUUCAUGCACGAGGCUGGUGUAGUGCACCGAGACCUGAAACCGGAGAACGUACUCUUUACAGAUGAGAGCGAGGACUCUGUUCUCAAAGUCAUCGAUUUUGGAUUCGCCCGUCUGUGUCCUGCUGGUAGUGCCCCACUGCAGACGCCGUGUUUCACUCUGCAGUACGCUGCACCCGAACUUUUUGAGAGCGCGGGAUACGACAAAGCCUGUGACCUCUGGAGUCUAGGGGUUAUCCUGUACACCAUGCUGUCAGGCCAGGUGCCGUUCCAGAGCGAGCAGGUGGGGAUGACGUCAUCUUAUGCUGCCGAGAUCAUGCAUAAGAUUAAGGAAGGAGAUUUCUCCUUGGAUGGGGAACCGUGGAAAGGUGUAUCAGAAGAUGCAAAAGAGCUUGUUAAAGGACUACUGACUGUGGAUCCCGAGAGGCGACUCAAGCUCUCUGAUCUGAAAGAGAACAGCUGGCUACAGGGCGGCGCGUCCAUGUCCACUACACCUUUGUGCACUCCGGAUGUGCUGGAGUCCAGUGGGCCCACUGUACGCACUUUUGUGAAUGCCACUUACAAGGCUUUCAACCGUGGUAAGAGAGAGGGCUUCUUUUUAAAAAGCGUUGAUAAUGCCCCCCUUGCAAAGCGGCGGAAACUAAAAAUGACAAGUACAGGUGUAGAGACGAGAUGGAGUUCAUCCUCUUCAUCUUCCUCCUCUUCCACUUCCUCCUCUGCCUCUGCAAAAGGAUCGAAAGAACAGCCAAAGCAAAGUGUGAGCCCCCCAAAACAAAGCUAG